AAUAAAUGCGUGAUUUUUCUGAAAAAAAUAUUUUUAUUUUUGUUUAGUGAUAGGAUUCAAAGUUUGAACUUAGAAAAAUAAAGCGGAUGAAAAAACCGCUUGAUUGGUUGUACACAAGUUUCUUAGUUGUACACGUAGAUAUGCGCUAUAGCUAUCACUAAUUUGGAUUAAUGGCAACACUUGCAAUUCAAAUGUCAAUUCUCUCUUUUCCGGCUGUUGUGUCAAACAAAGCCUCAAUAUGAAGCAAAUAGUGGCAAACCAAAAAGUGAAUAUCCCAGAGGGACUCACUGUUCAUGUGAAAUCCCGUCUAGUGACAGUGAAAGGUCCGCGCGGUAUUCUCAAGAGGAACUUCAAACACUUGGCUGUUGAUAUUCGCAUGGUGAACUCUCGCCAGUUGAAGGUUGAGAAAUGGUUUGGCUCAAAGAAGGAGCUUGCCGCCGUAAGGACUGUGUGCUCGCACGUAGAAAACAUGAUUAAAGGAGUGACCAAGGGAUUCCAAUACAAGAUGCGUGCUGUAUACGCUCACUUCCCCAUCAACUGUGUCACCACUGAAGGAAACACAGUCAUUGAGAUCCGUAAUUUCCUUGGUGAGAAAUACAUCAGGAGAGUAAAGAUGGCCCCAGGAGUCACUGUUGCCAACUCACCUAAACAGAAGGAUGAGCUCAUCAUCGAAGGCAACUCUAUUGAGGAUGUGUCCAGCUCUGCAGCUCUCAUCCAGCAGUCAACGACGGUCAAAAACAAGGAUAUCCGAAAGUUCUUGGACGGUCUCUAUGUGUCUGAGAAGACAACGGUGUUGCUUGAUGAGAUAUAAGAUCAUUAAAAUAAGUAUAUGAUA